CCGAAAAAUUCGAAGGGAGGCUUCUCUUCUUCCCCGUUCGAACGAAGACGCGCAGCGGCGGAAAUAACCUCCCUCCGGCUUCUCCUCUUCUCUCCGAUCUCCCUCUCUCUCCUCUCCUUUUCUUCUCCUUCUUUCUUCUUCUCCUUCCCCAUCUUCGAAAUCCCACUGUUACCCACUGUUCACUCUCCUCCUCCUUCGAGUCAAACCAGCAACAACUGAUAGUGGCGGUAACUUUUCAAUUCGAUUGAAGCAGAUCCAAUAUCCGAUCACAGUCAUUCAUAGUUAUCAUCGUUGGGAUUAUUGUGCUCUGUUCAAGUCGCACUUCACUGCCGAUCCCUCUAGUUCAAUCUCGGUCCCCGUCGUUGUUUCUAGACUAGCUAUCUGAAAGAGACGAAAUCUUCCCUUUGCAGCUUUCGGGUUCAGGCCGAAAUCCAACCAGGCUUGCUGGCUCCUCUUGAGUCUGUGUGAGAGAGAGAGAGAGUAGCCGCCAUGUGUGGAAUCCUCGCCGUCCUCGGUUGUGUCGACAACUCCCAUGCAAAACGUUCCCGAAUAAUCGAGCUCUCUCGAAGGUUGCGGCACAGAGGUCCUGACUGGAGUGGCAUACAUUGUCAUGAAGACUGCUAUCUUGCUCACCAACGGUUGGCCAUUGUUGAUCCUACUUCUGGAGAUCAACCACUUUAUAAUGAAGACAAGACGAUCAUUGUUACGGUUAAUGGUGAGAUCUAUAAUCAUGAAGAAUUGAGAGGAAAGCUAAAAUCUCAUCAGUUUCGAACAGGAAGUGACUGUGAAGUGAUUGCCCAUCUUUAUGAAGAGUAUGGAGAGGAUUUUGUGGACAUGCUGGAUGGUAUGUUCUCCUUUGUCCUGCUUGAUACCCGAGACAAAAGUUUCAUUGCUGCUCGAGAUCCUAUUGGUAUUACCCCUUUAUACAUGGGGUGGGGUCUUGAUGGAUCAAUUUGGUUUGCAUCAGAAAUGAAAGCUUUGAGUGAUGAUUGUGAACGUUUCAUGUCCUUCCUUCCUGGCCAUAUAUAUUCUAGCAAGUGUGGUGCACUUAGAAGAUGGUACAACCCACCAUGGUACUCAGAGAACAUACCAUCGGCUCCUUAUGAUCCAUUAGUAUUACGUGAAGCCUUUGAGAAGGCUGUAGUUAAGAGACUUAUGACAGAUGUACCAUUUGGUGUACUUCUAUCUGGAGGACUUGACUCAUCACUUGUUGCUGCUGUUGCUUCACGUCACUUGGCAGAAGUAAAAUCUGCCAGACAGUGGGGAUCAAAGUUGCAUACCUUCUGCAUCGGUCUGAAGGGAUCUCCAGAUCUUAAAGCUGCUAGAGAGGUUGCUGAUUAUCUGGGUACUCUUCACCAUGAGUUGCACUUCACAGUUCAGGAGGGCAUAGAUGCAAUCGAGGAAGUCAUUUACCACAUUGAAACAUAUGAUGUGACUACUGUCAGAGCUAGCACUCCAAUGUUUCUCAUGUCUCGAAAAAUUAAAUCUUUGGGAGUAAAGAUGGUUCUUUCUGGGGAAGGUUCAGAUGAAAUUUUUGGUGGCUACUUGUAUUUUCAUAAGGCACCUAACAAGGAGGAGUUCCAUCAGGAAACAUGUAGAAAGAUUAAAGCUCUUCAUCUCUAUGAUUGCCUAAGGGCGAACAAGUCAACUUCAGCAUGGGGAGUAGAGGCUCGUGUGCCCUUCCUGGACAAAGAAUUCAUCAAUGUUGCUAUGAACAUUGAUCCAGAGUGGAAAAUGGUGAGACCUGAUCUUUGUCGUAUUGAGAAGUGGAUCUUACGCAAUGCAUUUGAUGAUGAUAAGAACCCAUAUUUGCCAAAGCACAUUCUGUACAGGCAAAAGGAACAGUUUAGUGAUGGAGUUGGGUACAGCUGGAUUGAUGGCCUGAAAGACCAUGCAAAUGAACAUGUUUCAGAUGCAAUGUUAAUGAAUGCAAGCUUUAUUUAUCCAGAGAAUACUCCUACGACAAAGGAGGCAUACUAUUAUAGAACAAUCUUUGAGAGGUUCUUUCCUAAGAAUGCUGCGAGAUCAACUGUCCCUGGAGGCCCCAGUGUGGCAUGCAGUACUGCCAAAGCGGUGGAAUGGGAUGCUGCAUGGUCUAAAAAUCCUGAUCCCUCUGGACGAGCUGCUCUUGGUGUUCAUGCAGCUGCUUAUGACGAAAAAGUUGCUUCACUUCCAGCAGUGAACAAUUCCAGCUCACCGAAUGGUCUACCUCAGAAGAAACUGCAGGAAGGCAUUGUUGAGGCAACUGCAACUUCUGUUUAAUAUCAGGAUUCUAUGUAUUUUCAGAUUAAGCUUGGGAAAGGUAUCUAUUUCACUGCGGUUAGGGUUCUUUGUUGACUAAUUUUGGCUUACCAUCUUCAGGAAUGCCAAAUUUGUACAUUUUCUAUUAGGAUGGAUGCAAAGAAAAACUCUUUUCAACCUCUA